UUUUGCAUUGUUAGUGUCUAGAGAAAAUGAGUUAUUUGGGUGUAGGUUUUAGUCCUGGAACAGUUCUAGCGUACCAUAGCACAAACCUGAAAUUGUUCGAUAAGAGGAUCAAGAUAGCUGAGUUGGUAUUAAGGUUUAUGAUUCUUGGUCUUGGAGUUGUUGUAGCUGUUCUUAUUAGAACUGAUUCACAAGUAAAGGUGUUUUUCUCCUUUGAGAAGGAAGCUAAAUUCACUGAUGUUAAGGCUCUGGUAUUCUUGGUUGUUGCGAAUGGUUUGGCUGCUGGAUACUCUUUGAUUCAAGGACUCCGUUGUGUUGUGAGUUUGGUUAGGGAAAGUGUUCUCUUCAACAAGCCUUUAGCUUGGGCCAUUUUCUCUGUUGAUCAGGUAUCCUUUUAUAUUUGAAAGAUCACAUCCUACUUUUUUUUGUUGUCUUAUACAUUGUGGUCAAAACACAAGAUUAUCAAGAUUCUUGCAUCAACAUCUUGCUUUUUCCUCGAGCAUUUUGUUGCCAUGUUGAUUAAUAUCACUUAUUUUUUAUAAAU